AUGGUAUUCUUUGCAUCCGGGGCGGUCCCCGAGAUUCCGAACAAAGAUAUCUGCUCGUGGAUCUUCGAUGAGCCCAAAUACGACAUCAACAAACCAAUCUUCAUCGAUGCAACCAACACAAAUCGGUCCAUAUCACACCUGCAAGCCCGCAAGGUCGUUCGGCAAUUGAUUGGCGGUCUUCGCAAGGCUGGGGUGAAAAGGGGGGACUGUGUCCUUAUCCACUCCUUCAACGACAUUUACUAUCCAAUUCUCUUUCUCGCCAUCAUCGGGGCCGGGGCAGUGUUCGCUGGCACGAAUCCAGGCUACACGCCCCUCGAGCUGCGGCAUCAUGUCAGUAUCACCCAAGCCACGUUCCUCAUCAGCGAACCGGAACUGCUCGUAUCCCUCGUGCAAGCAUCCAAGGAUGCGGGAAUUCCCCAGUGCAAUGUCCGCGUUUUCAACACACAGCCGCACCAAUCCGUGCCGGCGGGCUUCACCAGCUGGACCGACUUGAUGGAGCAUGGUGAGGAAGACUGGGUGCGCUUCGACGAUCUUGAUACCUGCGCCAACAUGACGGCCGCACGACUGACAAGCUCUGGGACAACCGGUUUGCCAAAAGCCACAAUAACUUCUCAUCAAAACCUCAUCGCUCAACAUGAGCUCUGUUACAGUCCGAGCAUGUACAACAAGUCAUACGAAGUCGUCAACUUGUAUUCGUUGCCCAUGUUUCACGCCGCCAUCGCGCCCCGAUGCCACACAUCGACGUUGAAGCUCGGCGAGACGUCAUACGUCAUGCGCCGGUUUGAGCUGGAGCCGUUCCUGGCGAACAUCGAGAAGUUUCAGGUCACGGAGUUCUACGUGGUAUCGGCGAUGGCCGUCGCCAUCGCCAUGUCGCCGCUAAUUAAGAAAUACUCGCUGAAGACGAUCCGACACGGCCUGGCCGGCGCCGCACCGCUUAGCAAGGAAACUCAAGCGGCCAUCAAGCCGUACCUGGGGCCGGGAGCGCCCUUCGCGCAGGUCUGGGGCAUGACCGAGGUGACGUGCGUCCUCACCAUGUUUCCAUGGCCCGAGGACGACGCGACGGGCUCGGUCGGCCGUGUGAUCCCGGGCAUAGACCUGAAACUGGUCGACGACUCUGGAAAAGACAUCACGGGCUACGAUGUCGUGGGCGAGACGUGCGCCCGCGGCCCGACCGUGAUCCGAGGCUACUUCAACAACCCGGAGGCGAACCGCGAGUCUUUCGACGCCGACGGCUUCUACCACACGGGCGACAUGAUGUACUGCGACGGCCGGACGAAGCUAUGGUACGUCGUGGACCGCAAGAAGGAGCUGAUCAAGGUGCGGGGGUUCCAGGUGGCGCCGCCGGAGCUGGAAGGCGUGCUUCUCAUGCACCCGGACAUCGUCGACGCCGCCGUCAUCGGCGUGCCCGCCGCGUCCGAACUCGACGGCGAGGCCCCGCGCGCCUACGUAGUGCGCCGACCGGGCGUGGACCCCAGCCAGCUGACCGACAAGGACGUCUACGACUGGGUCGCUCAGCGCCUGGCCAAGUUCAAGCGGCUGGAAGGUGGCGUGCGCUUCGUCGAUGUGAUCCCGAAGAAUGCGAGCGGCAAGAUCCUGAAGCGCAUCCUGAGGGAGGAGGCGAAGAAGGAGAGGGCCUCCACAACGAAACUAUAG